CACGACUUUUUCGGUAUCAUUAGUCAAUUGUGCAAAGAACCCGACUUGUUUUUUAUAGUUGUUGGGAAAAGCAAGGGUUUAAGUAUUAAGAAUGAUGUGGCUUUUGGGCUAUCAAGAGUUAUACUACAUUUUAUCCCUUUAUCACCUUUGGACGCUUCCAGUAUCGUUGAAUUCCUUGAAAAGAGUCUUCUAAAGACACCUACUCAAGAACCGGUUUGUAAUGUCUUAUGUAGUUCUUCAUUUUCAGUAAAUGAAUUGGCAGAUUCGUUAUUGGAAUGUACAGGUGGAGUUCCUGGUUUGUUGACUCGUGCAGUAAAUAUGCUUUUGAAUUAUAUAGUAGCAAGAAAUCAGCCUUUCAUAUCGAAAGAAGAAUGUUUGACAUGUAUGAAUGACUACGAUUUCCGAAGAAUUUGUGCUGAACCAUUUGUGGAACGAAUAUUGAAUUUGGACGAAGAUAGAAAAAGUGUUUUUGAUAUACUUUUAAUGAUGGCUCUUUAUCGUAUACCGUUUCAAGUAGAUGACAUAUUGACCUCGGAGUCCUUUUUAUAUGAUGCAGUCACUGAAAUGGGAUUCUAUCGAUAUCCUAUUGACGAGAAUACUUUCCAAAUUCUUAUUCCAAAAGUAUUUGUUGGAAUCUUCAAGAAGGACCCUUCCAUCUCUUCUUUGGAAAAGAUACUUCUUGGAUCACUUGAUGUAGAACCAGUAGAUUGUUUCUUCUAUUCAAAGUGUCGUGUAUUUGAAGGAAUUGUUGCUUUACGACUAGUUUUGAUGUUGUCUUCAAAGAAUCGAAAUGAGUUGAGAGAAUUGUUUUGUCAAUUGUCUCCGAUAUGGAAACAAAUGAAACUUCCAAUCAAUACAAUAUCACCCAUUCACUAUAUCAAGUCUGUUGUUAGUUCUAUAGAAACAAGAAAUGAAUCGUACAAGAGUCGAAGAACUUUUGCCAAUACUGAAUGGAAUAAGAUUAUUCGAGAGACACUUUAUUUAGAGACUGUUUACAUUCCUUUGGACGCUACUUCUCAUAGUCCUGAUAUUAUAUUCAAAUUACAAUCUCCUGUGGAACCCAAAGUUCUUACUGUUGGAGUUGCAUGUAAAGGACGUUGGAAGUCGGAAGGAAUUGGCUGGUCAGAUAUUAUAGAUGAAGCCAAGAAAUUUUUAUAUCCUGUUUAUGAUCAAGUCUUAUCCAGUGCAAUGGAUUCUCAUCAUUGUAUGCUUAUUAUCGUUAGUACAAAGUUAUCCUUGAAUGUUUCUAAUGAGUUGGGUAAUCAGAGUCGUUGUUACUCCAGUGGAAUUUUUAUUGGAAAUGAUUCUUUCAAAGUACCUGAUAAUUGUGAACUUGUUAUUCUUUGUGAAAGAGAUGUCCAAAUGCUGAUUGACGAAGAAAUAUUGAGCGGACUUGAAAGAGCAUUUAUUGUUUCUCAUAAUCCUACUUUUUUGAACUUUGGACUCCAACUGCUUCAUAAAGUCCGUAACAGUUUCUUGAGUUGGCAAUAGACUUUUAAUCAAUCCUUCACUUUGUGAUUUCUUUUUAAGAGCAAGUAAACUUUUUGGUAUGUUU